UACAUGCAAGAAGAGGAACGUCUCUUUUUCAGCAUUACAUAAAGUUGAUUUGAUGUUUUGGACUCUACAGUUUUUCCUGAGAUGUUACUGCAUUGGAUGUUUGUAAUGGAUCAUGAAGGCUGAGUCACAUGUUUCGCCUCAGGAAAUUGCCACGGCGUGAGUUUCCUGACACUGCUGUAAACCACACUCUUCAGUAUUAUUCUCAGAAAAGACCAAACAUGGCUGCUGCUGCACUGGUCACAGAGAACUUUAAGUUUAUGUCGCUCUUCUUCAAGAGUAAAGAUGUGAUGAUCUUCAAUGGUCUGAUCGCUCUGGGAACUGUGGCCGGCCAGACUGCGUACAACGUUUUUGCCUUUCACUGUCCCUGCUCCUCUGGAAGGAACUACAUCUACGGCUUAGCUGCCAUUGGCGUUCCAGCGCUGGCACUAUUCCUCGUGGGGAUAAUGAUGAACACGAACACCUGGGACCUACUGUCCGAGUGUCGGCUCAGACAGUGUCGGAAGCUGUCUGGGGCCAGCGCCUUUGCACUGCUGGGAAACAUUAUUGGUCGAGCUAUUGUGGCUCCACUGACAUGGGUGGUUAUCUCUUUGUUGCAAGGCCAGGCGUACACAUGUGCCCUCAGUGAAUUUAUUGACCCCAGUACCCUGGAGGGCUUCCCUUCAGGUCAGCUGCCAGAGGUCAUGGCGAAAUUCCCAUGCCAAGAAAGUGUUCCAAAGGAGCUACAAGGCUUCUGGGUCGAAAUUGAGCGUCGACUUAAAUUUGAAUCUCAGCUGAUUGGCUGGCUGCUGGUGGCAGGGAUGUCUCUGACCGUGUUCGUGAUGCUGUGUAUGAAGCGCUGCUCCUCUCCACUUGGCUACCAGCAGGAGGACUACUGGUCCGUGUACCGCUCUAAUGAAAAGACCCUGUUCCAACGCACAGCUGCCGUCCACGCCCGCCUCCUGGCUGCGGAGAACAUUAAGAGCUUCUUUGGCUUUGUGGCACUGGAGAAGGAGGAGAAGGAGGAGCUGGCUGAACACCAGAGCGCUAAUCCCAUCUGCAGCACUGACUGGAACAGAGUGACUGGUGUCUACCUCUACAGGGAGAAGAAUGGACUGCCCCUGUACAGCAGGCUCAACAAAUGGGCCACUUACAGCCAGGAGAAUAAUUUGGAGGCCCUGGAGAAAGAGAUGGACGUGCUCAGUUGACAGCAUCCUUCAAUAAUGUGGCUGCAGCCAUGACAGUGUCAGUGUAUUUGACAAUUUUAGUUUCUUUCUAUUUUUUUUUUCUGAAACUAACAAUCUGACAAUCACGGACACUAGUUUUUCUACUUCUCCCUUUGACGUGUGUGGAUGACACUUCAUAAUGACAUGUUUUGUUUGAUACUGAACCCUUAAGCCAUCAGAAUGACUUGUUAAGCAUUGAAAUGAGGUCAGAUAGCUCAGAACUGAAGCCCAUCAUGAGGAGCAGAAGAACGACAUCGAAAAUGUAACUAAUGUGUGAGCAGUAGAGUAACAUUAGCAGAUUAGUUGGGUUUCAUGGUGCCCAUUAUUUCUCACUUAACCUCUUUGACUGUGUUAGAACCAUCGUUUUAAAGUCAUGUUGCGUUUCAGUGCCAGAAAGAACAAAUACAGAGUCUGUACUGUCAUAUGUUGUCCUGCAUACUCUUAUUUUUCUCAUUUAUUAUUUUAAUUCAUAGAAAUAUUCCACUUUCAUAUUAGUCUCUGUUGUUUUUGUCAUGAAUAUUCUCUGAACUAACGAUUACAC